CCGGAGAGUAAUUUCCAUGGCUGUGAGGUUUUUGGUUGCUGUGCUGGGGAUUUCAGUGGGGAGUUAUAUAGAGAGGUGAAAUGGAGGAAGAAGGUUUAUAGCCGCCAUAGCUGACCAAAUGAGAAAUUUGAGCGAUGGACAAACAAUUUUUUUUUUUUUUUUUUUUUUAUCUCCAAUGCCUUCAACCACAAUUGUCCAAUGAACUCGUCGACAAUCUCCGUCCGCCCGUUCAAUCUCUCCGACGCCGACGACUUUCUCAGGUGGGCCGGCGAUGACAGAGUAACCCGCUAUCUCCGAUGGAACACAAUAACCUCCAAAGAAGAAGCAUUAACUUACCUAGAGAAGGUCGCGAUCCCCCAUCCAUGGCGGCGGUCCAUUUGCCUGAACGGCCAUUCCGUCGGGUACGUUUCGGUCAAGCCGGAAUCAGAGGAGAAAUGCAGAACGAAUAUCAGUUAUGCGGUGGCUGCAGAGCACUGGGGAAGAGGGAUAGCCACGGCAGCACUGAGGGCGGCAAUUCCGGCGGCGCUGAUAGAUUUCCCGGAGGUGGUUAGGAUUCAGGCGCUGGUGGAGGUGGAGAAUGAGGGAUCACAGAGGGUUUUGGAAAAAUUGGGGUUUUGCAGAGAGGGGCUGUUGAGGAAAUACGGAUUUUGUAAGGGCGAAAUUCGGAAUUUUAUUGUUUUCAGUUUUUUAAGAACUGAUCAACUCGUGUGAUCAACUUAGUGAAAAUAUAAACUAAAAUAAAAUUUAGAAGCGAACUUAAUAUUUCAA